ACUCCUUUUCUCUUCUUACUGCAAGUCCACCAGAGCAAGACACGCCACUCACACUAGAAACCCCCCUAGUCACUUGCGCCAUGUCCGAUUCUCACGCUUCCAAACGGUCGCGCACCGACCUCGACGGCACCGCUGUGAUUCGCUCGGUCGAGCCCGACGACCGGAACGCAAACGGCACUGCUUCACCCCACCCAGGUGCCGUGCGUCCUUAACAUCCUGCAUCCGACCCGCGGCCGCGCUCCUGCUCCCCAAUGCCAGAGCUAGCCGAGUACAUCCGCCAGACCAUCGACGAGGGCGGCCGCGUGAAGCCCAGGGUGCAUGCGCAGGUCAAGCGGGCACUCCGGGAGCUCGAUCGGCCGUACUCGUUCGACGGGUACAGCGAGCUGGUCGCCAAGAAACUCGAGAUUGUCCACCGCCGCUUGAACCGGUGGGACAGGGAAACGGUGUUCAUGGAGAUCUACGCUUAUCUCGAGGGCGUCAUGGAGGUGCGCGUCGCCAAGUGCGCUCUGCUGGCGGAUGACCAGAUGCGCUACGACGGGUUAUCCGUGGUUCUGCGCAUCGGCCGCAUGCUUGUGGCGGUGGACGAAAAGCCCGGCGACGUCCUGCAUGGUAUCACAGAGGCCGUCGCCGGUGUGCUUCGGCGCGCGAUGCUGAUUAUCCUGGCCGGUUUGUACGUCUUUCCCCUGGAGGAUCCCGAGUCGUCCUGGGAGAAGCUGUACGAGGAGGUCAAGGAUCUGGACGAGGCGCUCGUCCGCAAGCUGCAUCGGAAUUACGGCCUGCACCGGGUACUGCAACAUCUCGAAAGGACUUUUACGUGGAUUAAGCAUCCGCUUAGUCCUUAAGUCGCCGUCUGCGGACAUUUGGAGAAUUUUCUGGGAGGCUUGACGCGCCCCGGAACCAAGUCCCCGAUACCUUAUUGGGAAUUUGCCGCUUUUGACACCCGCAUUCCAUCCCGCAUCUCGUCGAGUGUUUGCGCGGACAAACAGUGACGCAGGCAACGACUGGGCUGUGUGCAUCUGUUCUGGAAAUUAGAUGGAAUGAUCUCAACGGACAUCACUGGAACGAGCCACGGGAUUGUCUUUAUCUUAGCAUAGUAGUGAAAGGGUGGAUGGAAAGUAUGGUGUGGAGAGGGCAUCAUCUUCGUUAAUUGCGUUUCUUGGAGCAUCGGUAACGCCAAGCGGACACAAGGUGGUCGGGAAAGAAAUGGAGCGGACGAGAAAUUGUCGUGAUGACGCUGAGGAAGUGAGGAUAACAUAGAAAACAGGAAAGCUGUUCUGAG